AGAAAAACGCUUCUUUCGGCGCUCUAAAUCGGGGGAUAUUCUUGCUAAGAAUCCAGUGGUGAGAUCCAAAAGUUACAACAAUCCUUUGUUGACUCCCGUAGCCGAGUAUGAGACAGAAGGCGCCACUGCCAACAGCUCCGGCAUCCGACGACAUUCGGUUUCAGAAAUGACCUCCUGCGGUGAGAUGCCGGGCUACUCCAAUCUCACGACCAUCACAGACAGUGGAUCCAAGAGCUCCAUGCUCACCAUGAAGAUCCUGCCGGCAGGAGAACAGGAGAGGAUUUCUGCUGGUUCGAUGCAAUGCGUGUCUGAUCAAUCCAAAGGACUCUUCUACCCCACAGAAAACCCGGCCAGGGCCUUUGAGUUAGGCCGGGAUUCGGAUUUACUCGCCAUUGCUCCCACAGCCAGCCCUGAGAACAUAGUGGACCAGAUUUUAGAAUCGAUUGAUUCCGAUUCAGAUGGGAUUUUCAUUGAUUUCGGCCAAAACAGCUCUGGCUCUCCGGGAUACAAUAUGGAUGUGAGCAGGCAAAGCAUGGUCUGAAGGAGUCGUGGAAGUCCGCCGGCUUUGUGUGCGUGGAGUAAGCACUCUGCCUACUCUUCCAAGCCAGAUGAAGAGGAUGAUCUCACCGCAGAGAAAAUAAGGAUUAUCCUGGCUUGGGAAAAGGGUGGCGGCCACUGAAUCUUUGUGGUCAGGUUACAUCUGUUUAGGCUAGGUUCAUAAAGUCACACACUGUCCAUCCGUGACCAGGCUGAGUUAUGGGUAGCGAUGGAGCUUAGGUUGUGCAUCCGGGUUGAACUGAACCAAAGGAUAACAAGCCUGAGAUACUGUCUGGCCUUCAACCUCCCUUAAGGUCCUUCAUAGGUGCCCCCUCCUCCUAGGGAUGUGAUUUGCUUCCCAUUGUUGUCUUCUUUCCCAGUGUUUUUUCCAAUUCAGCUCACUGCCUAGUAUCUCCUUCCUCAGAAUUCUCCUUUCCUGCAGGAGUCAGCCAAGUAGAAGAAGCAGGAAGUCAGUUGCCAGUUAUUCUUCCAAUGGAUGCUCUUGGUGUAGAGUAGAACGUGGAUGACUUCCCCAAAAUCCCAGUGUGAUAGUUUGGGAUAGGAAUAGGCAGCCUUUGGCACUCAAGCACAGCACAGGUCUGUUGAGUGAUGAAUUAAGACUAGCACAGGUGUGUACAUACCUAUAUGUACACACUUGCAUGUAUCUAGUCACUCAUGUGAAAGCAAGGGUGGCAUCAUCAACUUCGCUGGAGAAAGAUCUUAAAGUCUCCUCCUUGUUUGCCUCUGCUGUCCCAGCCAUGGCCAGUUUUCAGAAUGGCCCUCUUGUUGUGCAGCCCUCCUCUCAAAGGAGAAGACAGUUCUGUUGUUGGGACACGUAGAAGAGUCACAGCAGUCAUGGAGUCCCCUCUAUCAGAUCUCGGUGGCUGGACGAUUUUAGUUUACCCUUAUCGAAAUGAUUGAGCAGGAAUGAAAAGAAUGUCAAAUCGUCUGUGAGGACCAGAUGGGCUGGAAGUAAGAGGAAACCCAAUUCUCCUUUUGAUUGGACGGCAUUGCAAGAGAGCGUGAGGGUUUCACAGCUUCCUGGGUUAACUUCUGAACGUCUCCUUUCAUUUACUCAAGAAUUGAGAGUUGUUUUAUAUUGUUCCCCUUUCCAGGAAUUAAGUAAGGACAGCAUUUUGGGCACUGAUGGGAUUAAAAAAAAAUUACCACUGGUUCCGUGGGCGUGGCAUGGCUUGGUGGGUGUGGCAGGGGAAGGAUGCUGUAAAAUCUCCAUUCCCUCCCCACCGCUCUAACCUGCUUUCCAGCUCCGUUCUUCUGUGCGGGGCAAAAGACCGAGCCAAUCAGCUGGGACUCGGGAGGCAGAGAAUAGAUGGGGGCGGGGCCAGCCAGAGGUGGUAUUUGCCGGUUCUUC